UCUGACGCGCUCUACUCGGUCACAGGUGAAACCUGCUGCUGCCCGUUCACGGGCCACGGCUGGGACAGGGUCUACAGUGGUCCUCCGGGGUCCACAGCGCACCGCGGGGGUCCUGCCUCGGGGUUGGGGUUCUGUCUCCUGCGAAAGACUAGAGUUAUCAUGAAAUGGAUAUUAAUACGCGUUCCAGACCCUCCUUGUUUGGAGACAUAGCUCACGGUCUGGGAUUCUGGACGGACCGCUCGGCCGUGCACGAGGCCGCGGCCCAGGGCAGGAGCCUCGACCUGCAGCGGCUCAUCCAGGGAGGGGCGCCGGUCAACAUCGUGGCGGUGGACUCCAUAACGCCGCUGCAUGAGGCUUGUAUCCAGGGACAGACGCAGUGCGUCAGGCUGCUUCUGAUCGCCGGCGCACAGGUGGACGCGAGGAACAUCGACAGCAGCACCCCGCUGUGUGACGCGUGUGCUGCCGGGAGCCUGGAGUGUGUGAGGCUGCUGCUGCAGUACGGAGCCACGGUCAACCCGCCGCUGUUCAGCUUCUCCCCGCUCCACGAGGCCUGCAUGGGAGGGAACGCCGACUGCGUUCAGCUCAUGAUCGAUGAAGGGGCCCUCAUGGAAGCCCACGACUGCCACUUCGGGACUCCACUGCAUGUGGCCUGCGCCAGGCAGCAUUAUGACUGCGCAGAGGUGCUCCUCAAAGCAGGGGCGAACGUGAACGCGGCCAAGCUGCACGAGACAGCGCUGCACCACGCAGCCAAGGUGAAGCACCUGGGCCUCAUCGACCUCCUGGUGGAGUUCGGGGGCAACGUUUACGCCACGGACAACCUGGGCAAGAAGCCCAUUUAUUACGCCGGCACAGGCUCUCCUGCUUACCUCUGCCUCGAGUUCUUUGAAAGUACGCCCCUCAGCCUCCAGCAGAUAAGUAGGCUGGCGUUCAGGAGAAAGUACGGCUCCAACACUCUGAAGGUGGUCUCCCAGCUGAACCUCCCCGACCGCAUCCGGGGGUUCCUCUGUUACGAAGCCCCACCCGAGUCCCAGGUUCCUGCGCUCUAGAUUAGGGGUCCCCUGCUUUCAUACGGGGGCACAGGGGAUUGUUGACUUGUAAGCUAUAUGAGCAGCUAUUUGAUGAUCCGUUUUUUAUAAAAAUGUAUUUUCGAUAAAGGGCCCUUUUAUAUCAAGUGAUUUACACCAACUCAUGAUUCAAAGCCAUAAGCAGACCGCUACUUACUGCACCACUGGGUAUGGUCGUAUGACGGGGUGAUGUUGAUAGAGUUAAGAGGCUGGUGGGAAAGCAGGUGCAAAACAUGUGAGGAGCUUGGGUUGCAAGAAUCUUCAGACUGCAAAAUGUGUCAUGGGUGCAAAACGUCGUGAACCACAGAUCUAGAUACAGAUUCUGCACAAAGUUUCUGAAAUAAUAUUAGUGGAUACAUGGCUAACUUCAACAGACUUGAAUCUUCUUCUGUUCCAGGUCAAUCUGGAAAUUGGCUUAUUUUAUGAAGUUAAAGUGAAUGUUGUAUAUUUUAGGCAUUAUCUUGGAAAUGGUUUGUUUCAUCAAACAUGAAAGCUCAGAAAUUAUGGACAGUAAUAACGUUAUAAUUUGUACAUAUUUAAUACCACUUAAUGUGAAUGUGAAUAUGUAAAUACAAUCAUCUAAGUUAAUGUCAUUUGGGUAAACAGACAAAUACAGGAUAUUUUAAGCA